UCACCACCAUGAGGUGGGCAGGCAUUCUGCAAGCCAAACCUCCCCCCCACUUCCAGUGUCUACUGGGACUAUGCCAUGACCAUCCGCCUGGAGGAGAUUGUCUACCUGCACUGCCACCAGCAAGUGACUUCCUACUGGGUCUUCUGUGGCCGCGUCAUGGUGGCAGUGGACAGCGGUGGGACGGUGGUGUUGGUCAGCCAGGACGGGAUCCAGAGGCCGCCCUUCCACUUCCCCAAGGGAGGGCACCUCCUGCAGUUCCUCUCCUGCCUGGAGAACGGGCUGCUCCCUCACGGGCAGCUGGACCCACCACUCUGGUCUCAGCGGGGAAAGGGCAAAGUAUUUCCCAAACUGCGCAAGCGAAGCCCUCAGGGUUCCGCUGAGUCCACGUCUUCAGAUAAGGAGGAUGACGAAGCCACGGAUUACGUGUUCAGGAUCAUCUACCCCAGCAUGCAGUCCGAAUUCGUCCCCCAGGACCUGAUGGAUGUCUCUGUGAGCAACCUGCCAUCUCUGUGGCAACCCAGUCCCCGCAAGUCCUCCUGCUCAUCUUGUUCACAGGGUGGCUCGGCUGAUGGUGGCUCCACCAAUGGCUGCAACCACGAGAGGGCUCCACUGAAGCUUCUCUGUGACAACAUGAAGUACCAGAUCCUUUCCAGAGCCUUCUAUGGAUGGCUGGCCUACUGCAGACACCUGUCCACCGUGAGGACACACCUGUCAGCCCUGGUCAAUCACAUGAUCGUGUCUCCAGACUUGCCCUGCGAUGCUGGACACGGGCUGACGGCCGGGAUCUGGGAGCAGUACCUUCAGGAUAGCACAAGUUACGAGAAGCAGGAGCUGCUGCGCCUCAUCUACUAUGGGGGGAUUCAGCCGGAGAUCCGCAAGGCCGUGUGGCCCUUCCUCCUGGGCCACUACCAGUUUGGGAUGACAGAAGCAGAAAGGAAGGAGGUGGACGAGCAGAUUCAUGCCUGCUACGCACAGACCAUGGCCGAAUGGCUGGGCUGCGAGGCAAUUGUGCGGCAAAGGGAACGGGAGUCUCACGCGGCUGCCCUGGCCAAGUGCUCCUCAGGGGCCAGCCUGGACAGCCACCUGCACCAGAUGAUGCACCGGGACUCCACCAUCAGCAAUGAGUCCUCGCAGAGCUGCAGUUCUGGCCGCCAGAACAUCCGUCUGCAAAGCGACUCCAGCAGCAGCACACAGGUGUUCGAAUCUGUGGACGAGGUGGAGCAGGUGGAGGCAGAAGGCAGGUUGGAGGAGAAACAGCCCAAGAUCCCCAAUGGGAACCUGGUGAAUGGCACCUGUUCCCCGGACUCUGGCCACCCUUCCUCCCACAACUUCUCCUCCGGCCUCUCGGAGCACUCGGAGCCCAGCCUGAGUACAGAAGACAGUGUCAUGGAUGCCCAGCGGAACGCUGCCCUGGUGCCUCGACCUGGGGACAGCAGCGUGGAUGACGGGCAGAGCAGCGAGGCCACCACUUCCCGGGACGAAGCUCCCCGUGAGGAGCUGGCCGUGCAGGACAGCCUGGAGAGCGACCUCCUCGUCAAUGAGAGCAUGGACGAGUUCAUGUCCGUCCCUGGCAGCAUGGACAUGGCUCUUCCUGAAAAGGAGGGCACUGUGAUGGAGAGCUGGGUGGGCGGCGAGGCGGAGAAGCAUAGCCAGGCGGACAGUGAGGACAACCUCUCAGAGGAGCCUGAGAUGGAAAGUCUCUUCCCUGCCUUGGCGUCUCUGGUCGUGAGCACUUCCGCCAACAACGAGGCAUCUCCUGUGUCUUCCAGCGGUGUCACCUACUCUCCGGAGCUGCUGGACCUGUACACAGUGAACCUGCACCGCAUCGAGAAGGACGUGCAGAGGUGCGACCGCAACUUCUGGUACUUCACGCCCGCCAACCUGGAGAAGCUGCGCAACAUCAUGUGCAGCUACAUCUGGCAGCACAUUGAGAUUGGCUACGUCCAAGGCAUGUGUGACCUCCUGGCUCCACUGCUGGUCAUUCUGGAUGAUGAGGCCCUCGCCUUCAGCUGCUUCACAGAGCUCAUGAAGAGGAUGAACCAGAACUUCCCUCAUGGAGGCGCCAUGGACACACACUUUGCCAACAUGAGGUCACUCAUCCAGAUCCUGGACUCAGAGCUCUUUGAGCUGAUGCAUCAGAAUGGGGACUACACUCAUUUCUACUUCUGCUACCGCUGGUUCCUGCUAGAUUUCAAGCGAGAACUUGUCUAUGAUGAUGUCUUCUCCGUCUGGGAGACCAUCUGGGCAGCCAAGCACGUCUCGUCCGCCCACUACGUCCUGUUCAUCGCCCUGGCUCUGGUGGAGGUCUAUCGUGACAUCAUUUUGGAGAACAACAUGGAUUUCACAGACAUCAUCAAAUUCUUUAAUGAAAUGGCCGAGCGACACAACACCAAGCAGGUCCUGAAGCUGGCCCGGGACCUCGUGUACAAGGUGCAGACUCUGAUAGAGAACAAGUGAGGGCCGCCUCACCCUGGCAGCGUCAGCGGAGCCGCCCCCUGCCUGUCCUGCCCCGUUUUCCUCCCGGCCGCCCCGGGAGCAAGGUCCUGUGUCUGUUGAUGAGCAUGGACUUCUGUGCAAAGAGAAACCACCCCGACUUGGGCCUCCAGGCAGGUGGGGUCGAGGGGUUGCCCCUUGAGUUCAGCCUUACGUUUUCCUGUUUGACCAAAGAUUGCCCACGUCUGGGAUUUCUCCCUCGCGGGAGUUGUCGAUGGAUGGCGAGAACAUCUUUGUUCAAGGUCUCCAGGAUGGCCCCUCUUUUAUUCUCUCCCCUGUCCCUCCAAACCGACUUGUUGGGUGAGACUUGGGGAGGGAGGUUUUUGGAAAGUGGUGUAGGAGAGGUUAUGGGGCUACCUCUGUACCCCGAAAGGGGCCUUUGGAGAUGUCGCAGAACAUGGCUGGAAGACUGGCUGGGAGCAGGGUUUCUCCACCUCGGCAGAACUGACAUUUGGGCUGGGUCAUUCUUUUUUGAGGGGAGCCCUCCUGUGCAUUGUGGGAUGUUGAGCGGAAUCCCCAGCCUAUACCCACUGGAUGCCCCCCCAUCCAUCCCCCCAACCCCAGUUGUGACAAUCCAGAAUGUCCCCAGAUAUUGCCAGAUGUCCCCAGUUGAGACCCAGUGGCUUAGAGGAGGAGCUACCAAUGAAUGUCCCAGUCCGCUGUCUCUCUACCUACGCCGGCUGUGUCCUGAGUCUGCCUCCCGUUCAGAAACGGUACACAGGCAUCCUGCACACAUCUCUUCUUGAGGUUUGGGAAUCCGUUUAUUGUAUUCUCUCAUUUUCCUCCUUUGCCUGACCCCACAAGAGACUUUUUUUUCCAAGAAAGGCAUCUUUCUGCCUGGGCGGUGGAACCCCAUAAGUGUCUAUAGGUGUGUGACAGUCCGAGGCUCUGCUGGGUCUAGGCCAGAGACCCCGGGCAGGGCAGAGUCCACGUCCCCUAGGGCAGACCUCACCUCUCUGUCUAUAGUCGGGCCUGGUGCUGUAGAAGCUCAGAAGGUAUGUUUUGGUCAGGCACGCUGGCUUUUCCCCAAGUGCCCUUGCUCACUCAGG